CAUGUGAUUUUUGUCUAGCGUUAAAAAAUCAAACGUAAGCAUUUUGAUUUUCAAGAAAAUUUAACUUCAGUUGCAGAUUUACAUAAAUAGUAGAUUCUAGCGGCUUUUGGCAGUUUGUAAGAGAGUGUUAAAGUUAAUUCCUAAAUGAUUGCAACUACUGAAUAAAGUUGCAUGCUUAGAAACCUAGAAAAAUGGUAAUACCAGAACUUGUACCUACUUCAGAUGUACGAGAUGCCAAGUUUGAUAUUGUCAUUGUUGUCACUGACAAAUUGUCCAAGUUAAAAGAUGGACUUGAGCCACUCAAGUCUCCAUUGGAGGACUUUUCACAAAUUGAUAAAGGUUUUGAUAAGCAACCUAUAUUGAUCCAGACAAAUGCAGUCCCUUCUGGAAGACUGAUAUUUUCUGCCACCGGACCGCUUGAUCGUGACCAAGAUGAUGUUAGAAGAUUUGCAGAUGCAGCUUCAGCAGGCAUUAAAAGAGCACUGUCUGCAGGCUGCAAGAAGCCUUUACUUGUUCGUCCAGUGGAUGAUUCUUUUGAGCACGCAGGACUUGUGACGCUGCUAGCUAGCCUGCAAACUUUAUAUGUGCCUCUGGAGCUUCGUGAGGCUGGUGUAAAUCAGCGAGUGGAAGUCCUAGGUGUCUGGUGCAACAACUUGGAUCGGGUCACAAAAACAAUCGCCAUUAGUAAAGCUUUAGAAGAAGGAAGACUAGUAGCAAGAGAUAUUGGUGGAACAGAUCCUGAGAGAAUGGCAGCACCAAAGGUUGAAGAAUAUGUGAGGGAGUCAUUCAAUGGCAGUGAUGUGACUAUAGAGGUUGUGAGUGAUGUGGAUACAUUGAAAAAGGAAUAUCCUCUUUUAGCUGCUGUUAAUAGGGCUGCACACACUGUUGAGAGGCACAGAGCAAGAGUUAUUUUUCUUGAAUACAAAGGAAGUGGUGAAAUUACAAAGACUCUAUUUCUUGUUGGCAAGGGCAUCACUUAUGACACUGGUGGUGCUGACAUCAAGGCUGGGGGUGUAAUGGCAGGCAUGCACAGAGACAAGUGUGGAGCUGCUACUGUGGCUGGAAUUCUCAAGACUGUCUCCAUACUAAAACCAGCCAAUCUCAGAGUUGUGGGUGCUAUGGCAGUAGUGAGGAACAGUGUGGGAGAAGAGAGCUAUGUCGCUGAUGAAAUCAUAACUUCACGUGCUGGAGUGAGGGUCAGAGUUGGCAACACUGAUGCUGAAGGGAGAAUGGUAAUGGCUGAUGUUUUAUGCCAAAUGAAAGAGAGGGCCUUGCAAGCUGUAAACCCACAACUUUUUACUCUGGCUACAUUGACUGGACAUGCCAUCAGGGCUAUGGGACCAGAUUACACUAUUAUCAUGGAUAAUGGACCAGCCAGAAAUAUUGGUAAUGCUCAAAGAAUUCAGACAAUUGGUGAGGCAUAUGGAGACCCCUUUGAAAUAUCAAAUAUCAGGCGUGAGGACUAUGAUUUCCACAAAGGCAAAUCAGAGUAUGAAGAUCUACUACAGUCAAAUAACCAGCCAUCUACCAUGACCAAUCGUGGGCACCAGACACCUGCAGCCUUUUUAAUCAUGGCUUCUGGAUUAGAUAAGCAUGGCAAGGACUCUUCUACCCCUCUGCCAUAUUCUCAUGUUGACAUUGCUGGAUCCAGUGGCCCAUUCCCCGGUGUGCCUACAGCAUCACCACUGGUUGCUUUUACUGCAGCAUUUGCGCUGUAACCCUCCUUGUGUAACAGCAUGUUACAGUCACUGUUAUAGUUGUUCUAUAACAGUUACAUUGUAUAUCAGCAAUGUAAACAGUUGCUCUAAAAUAAAUUAUCCCAGACUCAAUAUUAAAACUUUUUUCAUAUGAACUGUAUUUGUUUAUGUAUGACAAAAGUGAUUACAAUUUAAAAAUUAUUCUUUUGUUUUUUAUUGAAUUAAUACCAAUACUUGUAUUCUUAUUCUAAUUAAAAAUUAAACAAUUAUCUAAAAUUAGAUUCUUGCUUGACCUAUUUUUUAAGCUGCUGCCUUGGUAAUGAUGACUGCCAGAAAAGACAAAUCCACCUUUUUGUUUAUUUAUAAAGUUGAGCUAUCAUUUUAAAACUAUAUAUUGUAAUUUGUUUCAUCAAGCAACUUCUAAAACAAUACGGAUUAGAUUAUAACAAUGUAAGUUUAAUGUUUACAUUAUAAUCUGCAGUAUAUUCUUCUAUGAGUAUAAGGAAGCAGAAGAUAAAAAAAAGAAAUAUUGUCUCAUUAUAUAUAAACUUGUAUGAACUGUUUAAACUUUGCUUGCAAAAUAUUUAAUUAAAUGCUAGACUCUAAAGAAAAUUUCAUGAAAAUAAUAACUUUAUUGAGACAAAAGCAAACUAAGCCUGCCCAUUUAGGCUACCAUGUAUUUGAAUGGGAAGAACUCAAGUAAGCGACACAUUUGUACUGUACAGUCAAUUGAGUCCCAACAACUCUCCUUAAAAGUUAACUUUUCAUAACAGUUAUAGAAAUGUAGCCAUUUAACAAAAAAGUGUUUUUAAUAAAGGAUUUUCUAGGCUACCGAUUGAUGUUGAUAAUUAAAUUUUUUAUCAACUUUGAGGUAAACAUACGUAGUUUUUACCUGUUUUAAGUCAUCAUAAACAAUAAUGAAGUUGAAAAUCUUAGGCAACACCUUAUCUAUAUGGUAGUCUAUUAUUUAAAAAUUAACAUGUAAGCUCCAUUCCAAAACUAGCUCAAAUCCAAAGGGCCUAUUUUAAUAUUACUUGUGUGUUUAUAUCUGACAUGGUAUCGCAACCUUUUGUCAGAAAGACUAAUCAAAUAAAAGUUUUAUUUUUUUAUA